AUGACAAGGACGUUAGAAAUGAAAGUGUUGUAUUUUCUUCUCUGUAUGUUAUUUCUCUGUUUUUUGGGUGGCGACACAGAUGUUCCUGACAACAGUGGCAAGGAAUUCAUCAUAGGUUUUAUGGACAAUAUUGUCAUCCAAAGUUUGAACGUAUUUCUCACCACCAACAAUCCUGCCACAGUUCAAGUCAGGAUCUCUGCCCAUCCCAACCUGUUGAACCUUCUUCCACUUCAAAGCAGAACGGCAAACGUAAGUCGCGGCUCAGUUACGAAGGUUGACAUCCCAAUAAGCUUUGCCAUGAAGACCACAUACAAACAGUUUAAUGGUUUGUUUUUAUCAUCAGAUGACGAAUUCAUACUCUAUGGCUCCAACGCCAUGUCAUUAAGUUUGGAUGCGUUUCUAGCCUUACCAGUUGAAAGUCUUGGGCAGGAGUACAUCACAGGCAGUUACAAAGCCUGUUUAAGUUCUCAUCCUGCAUUUGUAGGACUAAUUGGGAUUCAAAACAGUACGCACGUCGAAAUAACUCCUCCUCCAGACAAGAGUAUAAUAGUAAUGGGUGUCACAGUAAGUUCAAAGACACAUAUCGUUCUGGACAGACUUGAGACCAUUCAAAUCCAAUCUUCCAGCGACAUUACAGGUGCGAGGAUUAAUUCGACAAAACCACUGUCAGUAAUGUCAGGCAAUAUGUGCAGCAAUAUUCCUUGUGGGGUUAGGGCCUGUGAUCAUUUGGUGGAACAGAUGUAUCCAGUCGAUAGAUGGGGCUAUACGUACAUAGUUGUUCCAUCAGCUUACCGGCAGAGUGGGGAUAUUGUCCGCAUUGUAGGCAGUACUGAUGACACCUUGGUCGGCAUAACCGGUAUCUCGCGUUUAACGCUUAAUAGAUCCGAGUUCUUUGAAUUUAAGGUAUUGAAGAACGCUCCUGUAUUUCUCAAUGCCAGUAAGCCGAUUAUGGUGUUGCAGUUUACGCAGAGCCAUGGAACGGAUAAUCUGGACAGUGAUCCUUACAUGAUGGUUGUGCCUGCCAUAGAACAAUUCACGUCCAGUUACACCAUCGCUACCGCCAAUCUUCCUGAUAAAGUUUACAAAAACUUCGUCAAUGUAGUCAUCAAGAACAGUUCUAAAGAAGGCCUCAGAGUUGAUGGAGCCGCUGUCAAUGGUGUUACAUGGCUAGCCAUUCCCGGAACAGACUUUAUUGCUGCUCAGCUGAGUGUUACUGCGGGCACACAUCGCAUAGAGCAUAUUUCUCCUAUCCAGACUUUCUCAGUAUUCUCCUACGGGUUUGCUGAAUCCGUUUCUUAUGGCUAUCCAGGAGGACUGAGACUUGCAAACCUGGACGUGACCAAAUGUUUACCGAAUACUGGUCAGCCGGCAGAUGGCGUUGAUAACGACUGUGACAUGAAAAUUGACGAAGAACUCCUUAAUGGUAUUGACGAUGACGACGAUGGUGUAAUUGAUGAGGAUUUGUCUUCCCUACCGCCGGAUGUUGACUUUCCUAAAGAUACAGUAAUUGUUUCAGGCGACGCGUCAGUUACCCAUACCAUAACGAUCGAAGCUGGCACCCCAAAUGCGACUGGUUCUGAGCGCUGUGUUGCCUAUCGCGAUAUCACCAUUAACUACACAGAUUCGACCAAUGACAACGGCUGUGGGGUGGACAUCAAGCGCACGUGGCUCGUGCAGGACGGGUGUGGGAACAUUGUGUGGUCAGUUCAGACCAUAUUUGUUUACAAUUCAUGGCAAGCUCUCCGGGCACAUCCUGGACAGAACUGUACGGGGAUGGUGGAGGUAGUGGGAUGCAAUGACACUGCAGACGUGGUUGGUCAAUGCACGACUACCCCAUGCCCAGGCAAUGAAAGUCACAUCGUGCAUGCAGGUGAUUUUGCUUGUGCCUGUGACCCGUUUCUAGACACUGUCAGGUGUGUGCAAGGUGAAAAUUUGACAACCACUGAAUUGCCAGAAAGAGUACGACCUAGCACCGAGUAUUUAGCCGUUGAAACCACGCCUGAGUCUCCGGUGUUGACUUGGUCGACAGGGAAAACGCGGCAACAUACUGGCAAUCCCACUAUUGAAACUACGACUACAUCGCAAAGACUUUGGACAUCGGAGGAGAUCAAACGGUCCGAGCCUUCCACCACUCAAACCACUCCAAAAAUGACAGGUGUGGCGUGGUCAUCAGACAACAUGAACCAUCGCACUGAGCAACUUACUUCAGACACCACGGCUAAAGUGCCGUGGAUAUUUUCGUCGACGGAGAAGGUGGCAUUAAGUACAAAGCGGCCUUAUGCUGAGACUGUGAGUGAAACCCUGCAGAGAAUUUUUACAUCAGAAAAAACGAAACUUAGCACUGAGAAACCUUCUACUGAAAUCAUGUCAAAAUUUUCCAGGUUUGUUUGGUCAACGGAUGAAGCGGUACAACGCACAACGCAUUCCCAUCUGGAGACCACGGCAGUAUCAGCACCGGGCAUUUGGUCUACAGAGGCUAAUAUCAAUGAAGGUGCAGCUUUACGCGCACGAAAAAUGGACCCCAAAGCUUCUGAACAAAGGCUCACCGAAAUUCUUCCCCCAGUCGCUGGUGUCAUCUUGCUGUGCGGAGCUGUCGUAGCAACGAGCUGGUGGCUUCAGAAACGGAUGAAAAGGAAAAUUCGAACUUCCCCAGCAGGGGACGCAAAAGGAGGCCCAUCUUCAACGCAAAAAGAUAAAAACGACAGCAGAGAAGACCCACAAGAAGAUGGCUCCAGCGAGAUCCCAUACGUCCCUCCCGCAACUGGUGCCAUACCAAACCCUCCAACAACGACGCAGUUUCCAGAAGCGCCUUCUCGUUUGGGCUCCGACGGGCUACUUUCCAAAGACACUGACAGUACACGUGUUGACGAAUUCAGGAAAACUGUUCAACCACCUGACUCUGUCACUUGGCUUCACGUCAUGGAUAUUGGUGGUACUGUGUCACAUGAUUUACCACCAGUGAGUGCACCUUUCAAUCAAUAUCAACCACAGCGACUCCCGCCACCUCGCUUGCCUCCUUUGAGGAUGGAAUGAUCGAGUUUUCUGUGCUUAAUGCAACAUUCGAAGUGCAAUAUGUUGUCAAAUAAAACUUUUUUUUGCAGGCUUAACAAAUAUUAUUUUUUAUCUUUUUCUUUUCUAUAUUGGCAAAGAGAGGCAGCAGUGCAGAUAUUGUGAGGAUAAAAUAGUGUAAAAAACUGAUUAUCAAGCACAGAGUACAAAUUUGAAAACAUUUAUUCAUAAUGACUCACAUCCAAUAAGGCUCAUAAUCCCUUAGUUGUUGGGUAAUAAAUUUCUCAUUAUUGCUUAUGUAUUAAAAGUUGGGGAUACCUUUUCUGAUAGUGAUAAAUUAAUAUAAAUGUACAGAUGUAUACUUGACGCAAAGGCACGUUAAGUGUAGCUUAUUUUCUUUCACACAAUUUACAAUAAGGAUGUAAACCGUUUCCCAGUAGUAUUUUGAGAUAAACAGACCUGUCUUUCAAUAUUUAAUACAUACCAGCACAAUAAAGGUUAUGGUUACAUUAUUUAAUGGCAAAUACUUGACAUAGCUUAUUUAAAUGUUCCCAAUCUUAAAGGUGAAAGACAGAACAAAGUAACAAAUAUAAUACUGUAAGCACCUUGCAUUUCUAUAAAUAUUUAGUUGCACAUUAUAUUCUAAAAAGCAAUAUAAAUGGAAAAAUAAAAUUUACUAAUGGGACCCCAGGACUGCCAAUUUACAUCCUAAUUUUAGAAUUUAAUUUUCAUCAUUUUCAUUUUUUAAUUAUUAGCUAAAACUGAUAACAGAGCUCUUUCUACAUUUUUUUCAAAUGUAAGUCAUUUUAAACAUGAAAUGUUGAAAUAAAUAUUCAAAAAUAUUUUAAUAUAUGUACUAUUUCUCCUUUCAAUCAAUUUCUGCAGCAAUGUUAUUCGUAGUUAUUCAGGAUAUCCCUUUUUACUUACCACCAGUAUGAUGUAAUGUGUGAACGUCUCUAAUGUGUGAAUGCAGCCAAAUAAUGUGAAUGCAGCCGAAUAGCGCCUGUCCAACACUUGAUCACCUAUCCCAUUUGCAUACAUGUAAAUAAAGACUUAGUGCCAAGUCUUCACUUCAAGUUUUGGAUUUGAACACAUGG